GCUGUCACAAGGCACUCUACUCGGGCUACCCUUCGCCGCUGGGCUUAGGCAGUCCUGCGGCCCUCUCAUCCCCUGGCUGGAGGUCACCUCCUAGUUGCGAGUACGAAGCAUUACGACGUCUGAAAGAUCGUUCUCGAGAUGGGAGCUUCAUGCAGGCGAGUUGGUCUGCGGAAGUCACAACAAAUUCAUCAUCGGGAUCCCACCUGACGGAACCACCGCUCUUUGGCCAGGGCCGCAAG